ACCAAUCAACUUAACUAAGCCAAUGGACUUUAUCAUCUUCCUCUUCACCCUCCUCAAAGUGCUCUUGAGCACUUCAGUGGUCGGAGACCCGGCGUGCCGGAAAACAUGUGGAUCCCUUCUGGUCAAGUACCCGUUCGGAACCGGCUGCGGCUGUGGCUCACCGCGUUUCUACCCCUACGUAACCUGCAACUCCGACCAGCUCCUCCUCACCACCCACACAGGCUCUUACCCCAUCACCUCCAUAUCCUACGCCACCUCCACCGUCACCAUCACCCCACCCUACAUGUCCACUUGCAACUCCAUGCAACAAUCCCCCAACUUGGGCCUUGACUGGGCCAGUCCAUUCCAGCUCGGACCAUCAAUCAUCAUCCUCCUCUCAUGCACGCCCCCCACCUCCUCCCUCAUCGUCAAGGGCUCCCCUGUCUGUGACCCUUCCUCCUCCAAUCUCUGCGCUUCCAUCUACACUUGCCCCUCCGUCGUCAGCCUCGAUCUCCCACUCUUCCCUCCCACCAACUCAUGCUGCGUGUACUCUCCUGCCAACUUCAACGCCCAAGGUGAGCUCGACCUCCGCCAGUUGAAGUGCGCAGGAUACACCUCCAUCGCGUCUCUUCAGGACUACCCGACCGACCCGAGCAAAUGGCAGUAUGGGGUGGCGUUGAAGUACACAAACGGUGCGUUUGAUGAUUAUUACAUCAACAACAAGUGCAACACCUGUGAAGCCAGCGGUGGUGUAUGUGGGUAUGCUCCUCGUGGAAAUUCCUUCAUCUGUGCCUGCAACGGCGGUUUUAAUUCAACGACGGAUUGUUAUAAUAACCAAAACCAGAUAAUUCAAGAUGAAGAUGAAUAUCCAGGUGUCAUUUGGAGCUCCACUUCUUUACCAACAUGGAAUGUUUGGCUGGGACUACUGGCUGCUUUGUUUCUUUAUCUUGCCACCUAAUUGAGAAAACGAGAGACGUUCUCCUUUGUUGUCCUCCUUUUAUUUUCAACGCUCUUACUGGAAGUUGCGAAUAUUACAAUGAGUUUAUAAGCCAAUAGUUAAGAAUUUAAUUGUUCCAAAGUGAAAAGUCCUCAUAAAGUGAGAAUAAAACCUGUUCUCUAAG